AUGGCGGGCCUCAAGGACCCCGUGGAGGAGAUAGUGCGAAAGUUGGCCGGCCCUGACGAACGAGAGGCGGCGAGAACAGCACCAUCAAAGGUAGAAAUGUAUCGAGGGAUCACGGUGGAGGAGCUCGGCGCAAAAUGGCUGGAGGCAGUUCUUGAGCUCGAGAAAAGAGAGAUUAUGGUCACUAACGCCGAACACGCCUUGGAAGGAGCACUCUCAAUCAGGGAGUUCGAUGGUUCCCUCAUUCGCCACGAGACGUUCGUCUUUCUGGACGUCGUUUGGCUGUCCAGGAUUCUCAAGCCCUUGCUCAAUCACAAGGAUACAGAGACCUACGAGGGCUUUGUGAAUCUUGGGGACAAUGGCGACUCGUGUAUCACCCUCCACGACCAGGUGGACAUCGCUUCGUGGCGCAGGCUCAAGAGCGAGGGUAUCCUCGAACCCAGGUUGGCGCAUGUCAUAUGGCCUGCUGGCUUGUCCGAGUACGUGCUCCCUACCCUGGUGUCCCUGGGUUUGACGUUUCCACUCGAAAACGAUGACGCCGGGGGGUUGGUAGUUCUACUUCGGUUAAAGCCCGGCCGCCCCGCGCGUGUGGGCAAAGUGAUCGACACGUUCUGCUCGCAGAACAUCCCUGUAUUCAGCGCUAGCUGGAAGAUUUUUCUCGGUGUGCCGGCGGGUGCGAUGGAAAAAGUAUUGACUCGGUGCUGCAGCAUUGGUGAUGUGCAGACGUUUUGGCGCUUUGGGGUGCUUGUCCACGGCAGCUUUGGCGACGCGCGAGAUGGCAGCGGGGAUUUCGCCGUGGUCUUAGAGUACUCGUCCACCAACAAUGAGCUCACCGCUCAGAUAUAUGGCAAUAAAAGCCAACCGGCUCCUUGGGCAGCGCUUUCGUACGUCAUCUCUUCCGUGAGGUUUGUGCUGUUGGAGUUUCCAGGGCUGCGCUGGAGAGGCUUGCUAAAGUGUCCUCAGCAUGGCGACCCAAUGCUUUUGGACAGCGAGGUGAGCUAUUGGGCUAUUCCUUUCUGGAAAUGCAUGGGUGCCUAG